CCUGCCACGGGGCCGUCUGAUGUGGGAGUCCCCGCGGCACUCUCGGAGCGCGGAGCAUCACCCCUCUGCUGCUCAGAUCCGCGGUGUCAGACACACGGUCCCUGUAAGCGCGCUGCAAACCCCGCAGAGUGGAGGAGACCCGGCAGCCCCUGCGUGGGAGGCAAAAAGGCUCUUGGAUGGGGGUGUCGGAGGAGGUUGGGGUGUCACCGUGGGAAAUACGGAGCCCGGACAUCACAGGAGGCUUUAGUGACACAGGGCAAGGUCCCUAGCACUCACGCUCUUCCUGACGCUGUUCUCUUGGCUUCUAAGGUGCUACCUAUCCAGGGCCAGGAGACAGUUCAUGAAGCCGAGGACAGUCAUGCUGCAAACCGCUUGGCCUCAGGAGGCGGUGACCUUUGAGGAUGUGGCGGUGUACUUCACACAGAGUCAGUGGGACAGCCUGCAGCCCGCACAGAGGGCCUUGUACAGGGAUGUCAUGCUGGACAACUAUGCACACGUGGCCUCUCUCGUUGACCAUCCAUCUCACAAACCUGCUCUGGUCUCCCAGCUGGAAAGAGGAGAAGUGCCCUGGGUGGCUGAGCGUCUGAGAGGCUGCUGUCCUGAUGUGGAGUCGGGCACCAAGGGCGAAGAGCCCCCUUUCAAUCCGGAAGCCUCUGGAGAGAUCGCAUCCUGCCCGGGCCCUAGUGGGGCGGUGCUCAGAGAGGAUUCUCAGAGCUCUGGCUGUGAGAGCAGGGCCGCGGAGCAGACACUCAGUUCCAACCCUAACCUGAUCCUUCACGGAGGCAUGAAGUUCUACGAGUGUAAGGCGUGCAGGAAACUCUUCCGGUACAACUCCAAGCUGCUCCGUCACCAGCUGGUGCACACUGGGGAGAGGCCCUUCAAAUGUAAAGAGUGCGGCAAAACAUUCAGGUCCAACUACAACUGCACGGUCCACGAGAAGAAUCACCUCGGAGAGGGGCCCUAUGAGUGCAAGCAGUGUGGGAAAGGCCUGAGCUCCAGCACGGCCCUGACGCAGCACCAGAUGAUCCACACCGGGGAGAAGCCCUACGUCUGCAGGGACUGCGGCAAGGCCUUCCGGAGGCUCGGGGCCUUCUUCCAGCACCGGAGGCUGCACACGGGGGAGAGACUGUUCCAGUGCCAGGAGUGCUGCCGGGUGUUCAGCUGCAGGUCCCUUUUUGUCUCCCACCAGCGGAUCCACACGGGAGAGAAGCCUUACCAGUGCCCGCAGUGCGGCAAGGCCUUCUCUCACAAAGUAGCCUGCACACAGCACCAGCGAGUGCACACCGGGGAGAAGCCGUACGAAUGCAGGGUGUGCGGGAAGGCCUUCAGAUGGUCCGGCAGUUUUGUCCAGCAUCGGAAACUGCACCCUGUGCAGACGAAGCCGACUCGGGGUGAUCCCCGGGACCUCCGGCCAGCCUUAGCCCCAGCUCCUUCGCAGGAGCCACGGGCCGCUCCCGCAGCCGUGCCUUCUUCCUUAGCCUUUCCUGGAGCCGUGCUGGUUCCCAGUCCUUUGCUCAUGCUGUUGCCGGCGGCGUUUGGAAUAACCUCCUCAUCUGCCCAGACAGUGCCUGUCUUCCAGGGGCUGGCGCCCACAGUGAACACUUCCCCGGUUGUUUGCCUUCCUUCUUGGCCCUCGGAGCUCUGUCUUAGCGCUUCUGUGGGCUCUAUUCACGAGCAGUCGCCACCAUACCAAAUCAUUAAUGACUUCAAGACUGUGGGUAAGAGAACAGAACACUGUGGCCCCUGCACACUGACAACAGCGCCUGUGUCUGCACUGUAGGGCUGCUGGGUUUGGGGAGCUGC